CCACAAAACUGUAACUCCUUUGCACGAAUUCCAAUCCUCCUCUCAUUCGCUCUCCAUCCAAAUUUAAACCCUCUUUCUCUUCGAGAUUUCAGAAUAGCCCAAAAAAAUGGAUUCUAACAUCUUAACAGAUUUUGAAUCUGAGGAGCUCUUCUUGGAAUGGCUCUGCAAGUCUGAACCUUUUGAGCUUCACUGUGGGAAAGAAAUUACCCAGACGAUGGGAGAUACAUUCGAUUGUUUCCCUCCUCAGAACAGUAUCUCUGGAGUACAUUACGACCCUUCUGUUAAUUCAUCAAUGGAGAAAGAUUUGAUUUCACAGCUCCCGCCACCCCCAAAUUUGAAUUUGGAAUUUCAAGAUUUUGAUGAUUUUGACUGGGUCGAACAAUAUUUUUCUGCAAAUUAUGACUCCAGUGGCAUAAUCAAUCUGCCACCACUACAAGAAGCAAAACCAACUUUGAUUCAGCAAGAAUUCAAUGACUACUGUAAUGGGAACAACUUCACUGGAGAUAGCUGGAGUGAGAAUUUGAGCAAAACAGAAGUGGAAAGCGUGGGUUCUUCUGGUACAAGAACGUCUGAUGAAGAUGCGAAGAGGAAAGGUAGCAGAAGAUCCAAAUCCGUUGAGAUAGAAUUAGAAGAAAUUAAGAAACAUUUUAAUGUUCCCAUAACUAAGGCAGCAAGAGAGAUGAAGGUGGGUUUGACAGUGUUGAAGAAAAGAUGCAGGGACCUCAAUAUCAAGAGAUGGCCCCAUAGGAAGAUGAAGAGCUUGUCAUCUCUCAUUGAAAAUGUCAAGGUAUAUAAUGAACUUAACGAUUCUGGUAAAAUUGUUUUGCCCCAUUUAUUGAAAAUUAAAUUGCACUUGCAGGAAUUGGGUUUGACGAGGGAAUUAGAGAUGUUGGAAGAACACAGAAGGCUAAUGGAGAAACUUCCAGAGGUGGAAUUGACAGAGGAUACAAAGAAGCUAAGGCAGGCUUGCUUCAAAGCCAAAUACAAGAAUCGAAGGUCCUCCUUGGAUGCUGUUCUUGCUUGACAAACCAGAUUAAUUGACAUAGUAACAACAAUUCAAUCUCUCUCUCUCUCUCUCUCUAUAUAUCUCUAUAAUCUGUAUAUCAAGCAUAACAAAAUGAAAACCUUGCAGAUACCCACUUCUUAGUUUCUGUGUGUCCAUUUCUCAGUUUCUGUGUGUGUCUUAUCAAGAAAUGGCUUUACCAAAUCAAUAUCCAAUGCAUGCAAGUCAAAAAGAAG